ACAAAUAAUGUUACUGUUUUAUUAUAAAACAUAUUAUUAUAAAAUUGAAACAAUUAUUUUUAAAAAGGAAGCCGCCUCAUAAAGCUAAUGGCCGCUAUAUAUAUUUAAAAUGUAAAGCUAAUUUAUUUAAAGAACAAAGCUAAUUUAUUUAAAGAUUAAAGCUAAUUUAAUGACAUGUGAAACUUGACAUGUGAAAGAGGCCUCCUCAUAGCUGCUGCUGGUCACCGGGGACGACUUGACGUUCCUCCGCCUUGCAGUGAAGAUUAAAGCCCGCAGGUGAACGAGGUCUCACGAGACAGGAAGUGAUGGAUUCUUCAGCUCCAGGCUCGGUGUACCCGAGAAGCACCACGACACUGACUCUGCACGAGCGCUUCUCUCAGGUGCAGGUGGACCAGCUGGCCAGGUCCAGAACCGGGACCUUUGACCCCGUCCCACUGCAGCAGCCGAAGGGGUGUGGCCCCCCGCAGGUGUUCAUGAAGAGAGAGAGGUCAUCGCUGCUCCACCAGCAGACCCGCUACCUGUCCCUGGAGGUGAAGCAGCAUUUCAGGAGGAAGAGCGUCUGGACCCGACUCGGUGGACAGCAGGAGACUCGUCUCCUCUCCACCUGCAGACCUCCAGGCUUCUGGAGCUUCAUGAACAAGUACCGACGGAGAACCAGCUUCACCUCCACCUACAGAGGACGAGGUAACCUUGACAGUCGACUCGGUCAGCGUCGCCACCUGAGGAAGAGAAACAUCCAGAAAAGGAAAGGACGAACACACCUGCAGAGGGGCGGGGCCGGCGCCUCCAGGGGGCGGGGCUUCAGCAAAGACCAGGUUCCGACCAAGGAGCAUCUGGACGCUCAGCUAGACGAGUACAUGUCCAUGUCCAAGAGCCGCCUGGACGCUCAGCUGGACGAGUACAUGUCCAUGGCGGGACAGACGCACUGGGGCUUGGGGGUCUAGUUCUGGACUGGACUGAGGGGGGCGGGUCUAGUUCUGGACUGGACUGAGGGGGGCGGGUCUAGUUCUGUACAGUUUGAUUGGCGUUGAUGGAUCUGUAGAUCUUUAGUUGGUCCAGGUGAGCUCCAGCUGUGUUUUGUUUUCCCUGAGUUUUCCCUGAAGGCAAGCUGUUGUUUCUGUUGGGCCGUGUGCACUUCACUGACCCUUUUGGGUGUUGGAGCUUCUCAAUUGUGAGGCUCUGCUUUUGUUCCCAGAAUGUAAUAUUAUAUGUUUUAAUAAAAUAUGUCAUUCUUUAAUAUCGACUUUAAUAUUCUACUGAUAUCAUCAGUGUAUUAAUAAAUCAUUUGAGAUAAAUCAACUUGACUGUUCAAUAAACCAAUAAAUAAAGUGACCAAUGACA